UUAGAAUGGGAAAUUUAAGAAAAAUUAUAAUUUUCUUUUUCUUGACGAUUCUAUUAAUUGAGCUAAUUGAAUGCGUUCCAGCAGUUAAUGAAGAAGAAUCGAUCAUCAUUGCAGUAAAUAGUUGUGAACAUGAAGAGCUUUUAACCUGCACAAAUGAUGAUGAUGAUGAAUGUGAAAAAAUUAAUAAUGAACGCAAUUUAAAAAGACAAAAAAUUUGUGAAACAAGUCCACAAUGCACGUUUUGUAAUUUUGAUACACAGCCUGAAAUUUCAGCUUUAAAUGAAACAGAUUUAUUUAUUGAACCAGAAAUUGUCCCAACGCUGAGUCCACUAUCUGAAAUGUCAGCUGAAAAGAAUAAACCAAUAAACGAAAUAAUCACAAUCGAUGCGGACAUUUCUACAGUUACUGAAAAUCAGUCGAUCAAUAGGAAUGAUAAGGAACCUGCGAAAUUGAUAGAGAGAAAUAUUGUUAUCGCAAAUGAUAAUGAAACGCAUUAUUAUCGAGGAUAUGUAGAUCCAUCGUCAAAUAUCACUACCAUAAUACGCUUGACAAACUUAAUAAAUAACACAAAUGUUAUCAACAUGCCGACUACAUUAAAUAAUACCAAUAUAAAUAACAUUCACAUAUACAGUAAUAAAACUUCAAACAAUGGUGGAAAAUUUGGAUUGGGAUAUACGGAAGAGGGUGCUUGUUGCUGGACAACCAAACCAGGAACUCGAUGUAAGAAAACCACCGUUGGUCCAAAAUGUGAACAUAAAAAAGUAAAAGUCUGUGGAAAACAGUGUACUAAAAAGAUGAUCCAUCAAAAAAAUCCAUGCAAUAAUAUACCUCAAUGGCCUUAUAUUAUUUGUCCACAACAAAUGAAUUCAGGCUUACCACAAUAUUAUCCACAAUUCUCUCCUCCCACAUAUCCCCAAUUUGACGAUGAAUUCGAUGACGAUGAUGAUUUACCAUUAUUUCCAGAGGAUGAAGAACUACUGAAAGCAGAAUCAGGAUGGGUCGUAAUGCAAGAAAAGUGUAAAAUUGUUAGUGAAGAUGGCUUACACAUUUCAAACUGCACAGAAAAUAAUAUUGAAUUUGAACAUCCAUAUGCAAGAAACUCAAUUGGUGAUCAGCAAAAAAGAAGUGCUCGUCAUGCAGGAAAAUUUCCACAAAAUAUGCCAACACAAAAUUCUUUCAUGCCUCCUCAAUUUUAUGGAUACCCAAUAAUGCAACCUCUUUACUUCCAGCCAAUCCCAAUUUAUAUACCUCAAUACUAUCCACCACAGCCAUUAUUGAACAAUUAUCCUCAACAAAUUCCAUUCCCACCACUAGAUUCUGAUCAGUACUAUGAAGAACCAAUCAUUCAACAAAAAGCUAUUAAUCCUUAUAAAAAAUCAAGAAAGCAUGCAAGAAAACAUCCAAUUGUAGUCGAGCAUGAUGAAGAAUUAUAAAACUUGUGUUAUUAAUCGCAAUAACUUCAAAAAAUAUAUAAAAAUUAUAGCUACAUAUUUAUUGCCACACAUUAGCACACAUGAUUUAAAAGUGUUCAUUUAUUUAUUAUGUACAUAAAUACUAUAGAAUUAUUUAUAAAUUAUGAGAAUGUUUAAAUCAAAAAAUUACUUCAUUUAGAAAUUACUCAUCGCACAUCUAUAAACAUUUAGCAUUAGACUGAGAAUAAACGUGAUUUUGGCAUCAAAAAAUAAAUAAGGAAAUUUUGUUAAAUUCUCAAACAUUUAAAAUAAAUCUCAUUUUUGAAAUGACCCC